AUCCUGGUCUCGAUCAGUUGUUGCCAGCAACCUUCUCCGACGCCUUGUCAGUGCCAACCUGUGCAACCUGCUCCUGCUCCUGUACCUCAAGUGAAUUGCCAAACCACGACCACUCAACAGCAGUAUUGCCCACAGCAACAGCCGGCCAUCGUACAGCCUCAGGCCUGUCCUCUUGUACAAGGAGGAGUUCAAACGGCGCAGUACCAAGGCAUCUGCUCGUGGAUGGUUGACCCGCUGGCGACUGAUUCUCAGUCACGAUCCCACUAUCUACAAUGUCAACCGGCCCCCAAUAAUCUGUUCUGUGGACGAUGGCAACGCAUGCCAUGUGCACCGGGUACUGUAUUCGAUGCACAAUCUCAAAUCUGCGUCUGGGACACCCAGGGAUCGCCGGCCACUCUGCCAGCAAGUACCCCCUAUGUGCCCACUCAAGCCCCCCAGGCUCAGUGUUCCUGUGUCGGAGGAGUACAGAUCGGCUCUUGUAAUCAGAAUUACCAAUGCCCUGGACAAUCAGUUUGCCAAGUUGGACAGAGUGCUGGAAGUCAGUGCAUGGUAUGCUGCUAUUUCCGUAGAAAGUCUCGUCGUGUCUGGGAACGCUUUUAUCAUCGUCAUCGUCGUGGUCUCCGUCAUCGUUGA